GCUAUGGCGUAUUGUAUGAAGGUUCUAUGUAUUAUAGCGAGAUUUGCUAUUCACGGUCUAUGUAUAUUUUUCAAAAAGACUGGAAAGGUACACUGUUUAUAGAUAAUUAUGUAUCUGCCCUUGCACGGCCGUUCCCGCAGUUGCUGCUGCUGCUACUGCUGCUACUACUUUUGCAAUGUGUCCCAUUCGAUUCUUCUGGAUCAAUACAUUAAUAUUUCAUCCGUCACUUGGACGUUUUUGGUGUUUCCCGCCUCUCAGCAUUCCAUUGUCCUUCUUAAUGCCAACUGCGCUAUAUAUAAUCUAUACCAGAACUCCGCCGUUGAACGUUCGAUUAUUUCAUGCAUAUUGUAAUCAAGUUUUCAACUAUGCUUCGAGCAUUUACACACGCGUCUCUAUCUAUAUGCCUUGAGCCCAC